CAACAUCGAACACUAUCUUGACGACCUGAUGACAACGACUCAUGCCAUGUCAAAACAUGUCCGACAGCGCCGAGGUUUAUUGGAAGCUAUUUCUCGGGGAAUCCAGUUCCAUCUGAAACUUCCUGGGAUAGACUGGCAGAAACGUAUUGGUACGAGUAACAUCGGAGCGGAGUUCGGACUCGUUGUUAAAAAUGAAUUGGAUCUUGACAUCCGACCAACAAAAGGACAUGUUCUAGUUGACGUUGACGAUCAAAUCUAUGCAAGAGGCUUGCUAGGUUACAUUGGUAUGACAUACGAUUUCAUCGACGCGGGGAUAUGCUUUAAAGGUGGCAUUCGUUACCAGGUCAACAUCCUGCAGGAUUUUUCCUUUGAAGAGCUGAUGGAUUUUAUCAAGAUCUGGUUUCGAGACGUGCCCAAAGUGAUAAGAGAUAUAAAGAGCACAAUAGAAACAUUCAAACAUCUGUUUGACCGCUUGGCCGAAUCAUCACCAGAGGAAAUAUUUCAAACCAUCUUGGAUACAGUCAGAACUUUCCCAGAGACUGUAAAAGCUAUUGCAAGACUGGCGAUGGAGGCGUGGGAAAGAAUCGCGGCAUACAACAACUUACCCAGCUUCAUAGAAAAAGCAAGAGAGGCGAUCCUUAGAGUCAACACACUUCUCAACAGCGUGAAAAACGAUGUCAACGACCUUCUUAAUGAGAUUUCGGACUCCAUUCUCACCGUGUUGCCAUGGGCGGCCGAGCAGAUCUGGCAGGGCGUGGAGACAAUUGUACAAGAGGUUCCAAAACUCAUCAAGUCUCCACAGACGGCCAUUGGAAACAUCGCUAAAGCUGCUUUCAAAAUUUACCAAGCAGUAAUUGGCCUUAUCAACAUCAAGGACUCUGUUGAAGAAGUCUUCCUGUUUAAGGAAGGAAAACAACCAUACUUUUUCAACAUCGGUAUGGAAAUACAGGGAAUUCUUGACGAUUUCAUGCAUGUGUGGGACCUCUUCCAGAGUGAAGCUCCAGACUGGAUAGAAGGACUAGGAACUCAUACUGAGGGAGUGUUGAAAGACGCAUUUGGUGACAUGAAAUCCUUGGGAAACGGUGUGGUCAACAAGGUAAACGAAUCGAUGUGGGUCCUUCAAAAGCAAAUAGCACCUAUUGCAGAACUUGUAGGACCAUUCCUGGAAGCCUACAAUGCAACAGUGGGUACAAUCAAAUCCGUGGAGAGGUGCUACGAGUCACUGAAAAAAGGUUAUGAAACCGCACGAGGGAUUGUACACAGAAUCUUUGGACCAAAGGUAUCUCUUAAAUUCCCAAAGAAGAAACUUGAUCCUGAAACAUGCGGAGGUGGCCUGUACCCCAGCACGGGAGUCAGUACAAGAAGCUACGACAGUCGAGGUAUCGACUUGGAGAUACCCACAGGCCAAGAGGUUGUUGCGCCAUUUGCGGGAGAGGUCACACGCGUCUCCCUUCAGAGCAUCACUAUUGCUACAGAUGAAAUAAAAGGCAUGGAAGCAAUCGUGGAUGGCAUCGACGUCGGGAACUCAGUCAAGGAAGGAAAACGGGUUGAGAAAGGAGAAGUGAUCGGCACAGCAGCAUCAACUGGCUGUGACACCAAUACCAUCCACUUCGCACUGAAGGAAAGGGGAUCAAAGAAAUAUGUGGAUCCAACCAAAUACGUGCCUUCCGGAGGAAUAAUGAACGUAGAUGUAAAGCCAGGGUGGCAGGAAGAAUGUAACAGCUACUGGCUGACAUUAAAAGGUGAAACUAUCGGAAGUGGGAAACUUUCUGACGCUUUUGAGGAUAACGAGACUCCGGAAGCGCCCGCUGAUGAUCUAGACAGCAGGAGUCUUCCGCUCUCUACCUCUGUGAAUGACAAGUCCAGCCGUCAGCGUCUCAGAGAGGGUAUUGCAAAAGCCAUUAGAAGCAACCCAGACUUUCUGCAGAUGCUCGGAGUUAGUGAUUUAACGGACGCAAGCGGCGUUUUUUCGUUAAAGCUACAUACCAUCAAAGUGUCGACCGUUGUGAGCAUUUUCGACGCAGUUGGACUGGGAGACGGCCUGCGCUUCAUACUUAACAUAUUAGAGCAUUGCUGGGGAUCCUGCAAAAUACCCAACAGCUUGACAGAUGAACAGUUACGAUGGGAGCUGAAAAAACGGGGAAAAUCGUCUAUGGGAUCACGUGAUGCCCUUUUACAAAGAUACACCACCUCAGACGACAGAUGUCCUGACAUUUUCCACCAUCUGAACAAGCUUGACUCCAUCUACUGCCGCAUGCAGGACAACUGUCUCGGAUUCAGCUGCUGCUUGACUGUUCCCAUUCCACCCUUCAACCUAUUCUCUUUGAAAUCUUCAGUAAUGUUUGAUCCUUGUAACAUGAGUCUAACCAUCGAACUUGGAGACAUGAAGGAGACAAAGAAUCUGACUUUGCCUAGAUUCGCUGAGGAGGACGACUACAGCUUCAACAAGUCCUGGACGCUUUUUGAUUCCUUCAAAGUUCAAAGAAGCUUCAGAAUUAAAAGAGAGAACUCAUUCAUUGAGAUAAAUUUGGCUCUGAGGAUCUGUUCGAAAGACAUCUGUCUUCCUCCUUUGAAAAUCGUGAAAGGUGCUAGGAUUAAAAUCCCGACUUGUCAUGCUGAAAGUGCUGCUCCUCAAAAAAACCAAGUGCAAUUGAUGGAGAUGACCUUAGGAGACUUAGAGAAGGAGAUUACUUUCUUCCGUCCAUGCGGCCUGGAUCUAAAACUUCCUGACCUCAACUUAGGAACUUUCGGAGGAUGGAACUUUAGUUUGGGCGAUCUGCAAGGCUUCAACUUUAAUCUGGGGAAUUUUCAAUUCCCUGAUUUCAAUUUAGGCGACUUUCCGUUCCCAGGCCUACAUCUGAAUUGGGGAAAUUUACCUGGCUUCGACUUAGGCAAUCUACCAAGUCUCUUCUCAAAUCUUGUCAACGAACUAAGAGUGUUCAUUAAAGGCGGGUUGAUAGGCUCUAUCGAGAUGGCCAUGCAAGAUCUUGGCAUAGAGCUGAAUAUGGUCAACAGUUAUUUGGUGGGCACUCGUCGCUUUGGACCAUGGGACAAAAUAUUCUUUAAUGUCAAUCCUGGCUUCCCUCUUGGACCAAUAUACUUAAGUCUUGUAUUUGGAGCCGGGGGGUAUGCCGGCGUGGACUUGGAAGCUGGGGUAUCUUUGAUGAAAAUGUCAGCCUAUGGUCUUGUAACGCCAAAGGCCGGUGCCAUUGUAGGCGCUGGUCUCAGGGUACAGUUUUUGGCGCUAGUUGGAGAGUUGAAAUUAACGGGACACAUCCUAACGACCGACUUUCCAACAAGGGCAGAAAUAGCAUUCAACAAAUUUCCCCUCAAUGUCAGGGUACGGAUGGACAUGGUUAUGAUUCCAUUGCGACUGGAACUUCGCGGAAAAGUGAUAGCAGAAAUUUCUCUCUUUGGGAAGACGUUAAGUAAGACGAUUAUCAAUAUCCUGAUCUGGCAAUAUGAGACACCUGCUGUCACCGGCAACAUUUUCAACACAGGUCUUCCAGAGCCAGACCUUACUCCGCCGAAGUUCAGGAAAUUUACAUUUGAUUUUGAAAAUGGGAUCGCCUUUUCGAAGAGGGCCGCCAUCACCACACAUUGCGAGGUCGAGCAGGUCGCAGGCCGAGACGUUGUAGAACCCGCCUUUCAACUGGAGGUAGCGGCAGAAGAUGAUGUCAGCCAAGUGAAGCUGACUUAUGAUGUUGGGACGUACAGAGGUGGGAGUGACGUGGUGAUGAAUGAAGAUCUCGGAGGGCCAUCAAACAUUAUUGUCAGGGAAAUGAAAGGCGGUGUGCCGCUUUAUUUCACUGUCACUGCAACGAACUCUGGUGGAGGAAACGCAAAGGUGACUUGUGAGCUUCCCACCUAUGACGUCACCUUACCUGGAGGGCGUGUCACUCCGGAUUUCCUCACCACAAGCCAUCCCAACAUCCUCCGCGCAUCAGCUGUGGCUCACGAUGAUUCCGUCAUUCUUCACAAAAGGGCAGCAGUUGGCUAUGGCAGGAAGGUUUACGGAGAUCAGGUCUUGCCUUGGCAUGACGUCAAUACGACUGCAAACACAUUGAUAAACCCGGUGGUGUCGUCUAUUUUGGAAAGAUUUACAGGCCCACGGCCGGGAAAGGUAAUCUCAACCCCAGUUGAAACUUCAAUAGUUGACAUCCCGGAGCAGUGUGCCUCGGAGUGCUUGAAGCUUCCUGCAUACAAAUGUCUCAGCUUCAACUAUGACUACGGAAAUGGUGACUGCGAACUGUUGGAGGAGAUAGAGGGACACGGUGUAGAGAUACAUGUGGUCGGUCAUUUCCACCAUUUCGAGCGGCUCGGCGUUGGUCACAGUGUGGAGUUCCGGCACGACGAUCUACAGCUGAGUCACAAUGUUCUCUACUACUUCAACUUCUUCCUCAAUAAUACAAUUGGUUACGUCAACACGUUGACGUCCCCCGGUGUUCUGGCUGACUUCACCCCUCCGAGCCCAGGUCCGCUGGAGAACGUCAUCAUGGACGUACUGAUGACUGAGGACUGUGGGGACUUUGUUCUGGACCACUGGGAACAGUUCAAAUGUGGAGAACAGACGCCUCUACCAAACCAUAGGUGGAUAGUUGACGGCCAGGGAUCCCGAACUGUUUUCAACGGACAUGAACCGCUGGUGGAUAUGCUAUACACCCGCGCUAACAGAUAUGUGUCAGCCAACUGGGAUGGUUUCCACGACAACGAAACCGGUCUCCACGGUUAUUCCUGGACUGUAGGAAGAACUCCAUGUGGACAGGAUGUCCAUCCUCACAUAGACCCGCAUGCGCACCUGUUCGACGUGUCUGAAUGGACGCACGAAGGAUUGGCUAGUCCUUUGUUCUUGGAAGAUGGAAAAUAUCACGUCACGGUUCGACCUAUCAAUAACGUUGAGUUCGGCGGUGUCAUGGCAACAACGGUCUGUCACACCACACCAUACACCAUCGACAACACACCACCAUUCGUACAUCGCAUUCACAACGUACAGUAUGAUGAGGAGGCCUACGCGAUUUCCGCCGAGUAUAAUGUCAGCGAUCCCCUUUCCGACAUUCGGGAGAUUGACUUUGGACUCGGACGGACCAAACGUGACGUACACCUGAUGGACUGGUAUCGUCAUGGCAACACAACACACACGUCUGUCAACUUUCAUAUUCCCGAUGGGGUACCUGCAUGGGUCAAAGUUAGGGCAAUAAACAACGUGGACCUACGUGAAGUUGGACAUUCUGAAUCUCCAAUUCUCGUUGACACGACACCUCCAGCUGUUGGGAUACUUUACGAUGGCAGCGUCCACGGACAUGACCUGAAAUUCACAUCUGACCCCAGAAAGAUAUGUGCGAAUUGGAAGGACUUCCAUGAUGAGGAGAGUGGGCUGAGUCACUACCUAUGGGGAGUGGGUUCAUCACGUGGUAUGGACGACGUGGUUUUGCUAACUGAGUACCCCCACUCGGCAUCAGAGGCAUGCUCUGAUGUGCAACUUAUUCACAACACAACGUACUUCUCCGUGCUUGUGGCAGUCAACAAUGGGCACAAACAUUUGAACGUGACAGCGUGGUCAGAUGGAGUUCUGUUUGACGCAACACCACCCUUGGAGGGGACCUUACGUGACGGUUUGGAGCCAGACUCAGACUUGGAGUUCUCGUCCGAACCUUCCACCGUGUCCGCCAACUGGGACGGCUACAGCGACCCAGAAUCAGACAUUUCCGACUACGCAGUUACUGUGCAAAGAACAUCUCUUAAAGGGAACUUUUCGCAUCCUCCAGAGAUUAUUCAUCAGAAAACAUCGGUUGGGCCUGUUGCCACUCAUAUCAACUGGCACAAGUUCCACCUACAUCAUGGAGAUCGCGUGUCUGUUCAGCUUGAGGCAACCAAUCAGGCGAUGGCUUCUACCUUGACGUCAUCAAAUGGCUUCGUAAUGGACCUGACCAAACCUGUGAUGGUUCACCUGGGAGAUGGGACGGAGCCGGGAAAGGACAGAGAAUUCUCGGUGGCCUUUGAGUUUUUCCAGAUCAAAGCAUAUAGCCUUAACAUUAACCUUAACAUUAACGGAACCUUAACAUUAUCAGCCACGAAGCUUUAUUUCUGAUACCGUUAUGGCUGAAUUGAUAUAGAUGAGAUGGGGUUUAUAAUUAAACUGCCUGUAGUGUGUUGAUAUUUCAUUCAAACGAAUACAGUAACGACCAGCGCGCAACACAUUUC